GUGGAGGUUCCUUUUAAAAGAUUUGCAAUCUUAACUUUCCCGAAACGGUUUUUCUGUGAUUAUACGCCACGUAGUCUUCUUCCGCUUCUGGGUAUUUCCCCAACAGCGUUAUCACUUGCAGUUUCCAUUCAAACCACCUUACUGAAGCUGUGAGUCGUCGUGAAGUUACUUCUAUCAACAAAACAACAUGUCUCCGUUUGAAGAAUAUGACCUUAGGAUCAACGCUAUCGCGGAGGAUCUGACAACUGGGGACCGUAAAAAGGCAAUUUACCUUUGUGGGAGCUUGGUUACCGACAGCAGCGUGGCUUGCGUCAGGGAGACUUUAAGAGUCAAAGGAAACUUUCACGCAGACCCUGCCCUGUUUAUAAUGUCCAUCCUCAGGCAGCUAGGACGGUACGACAUUAUAAAACGAGUCUAUAAAGUGGACAGAAAUGAGAUAGAAAAGAAGAUUCAGACAUAUAGACAAGUUCUCCCAAGAUUCAGAGUACUGAUGGUUACUAUAAGUGACAAUCUCCAAAUGGAGGAUGUGGAGCAAAUAAAAUUUUUAUUAGGCAGGACUUUAUCCCAUGAAAAAACAGAAAAUAUCAAGACCUUCUUGGAAGUGAUGAUUGAACUGGAGAAGCUGGAUUCAGUGUCACCCGAAAGAGUAGAGCUCGUAGAGGAGUGUUUACAAAAUAUUGGCCGGCUUGAUCUGGCCAAAACAGUGGCUGCUUACAAGAUGUCAGGUGCAACAUCUGAACACUCUUGGCCUCCACAACACAGUGGUCAAGCUGCUAGUCAACCAGACCAGUACAACUUCAGGGCCAAUCAAAGAGGAGUCUGUGUUAUUAUUGACUGUAUAGGUAAUGAUGGAGGAAUGUUAGAAAACACGUUUAAGGCUCUCCAUUUCAACGUUCUCUACUACAGCAUGCUGGGUGCUAAUGAAAUUUUCGAAACUCUUAAAGAAGUCUCUAAACACAGACAGAGUUGCAACGAGGAUGCUUUUGUCUGCUGCAUCAUUAGCCGCAGCUUAGACGACAAUAUCCUGGGUACGGACUCGUAUGGUAGAGGUCUUUCUGUCAAAAACAUCAGAGAGCUCUUCUUAGGUGACUCUUGUCCUAUGAUGGUUGGCAAGCCAAAACUUUUCUUCAUCCAGAGCUACAUGGUUCCUGAGUCUGAUCAUUGGGUGCAAGACUGCUGUGACAGCUUUCCCAUCAGAGAAAACCUCCCCACAGAAGCAGACAUACUCUGGAGUCACUGCUGGACAGAUGAAAGCCAGCUGCUGCAAGAGCAGCAUCACUCUGUUUACCUAAAAGCACUGACUGAUGCCUUAAGCAAAGCCAAGAGGGAAACGAAUCUGCUUGAUGUUCAAAUGAAGGUGAAUGGAGCCAUUUAUGACCAUAACCAAAAACAUCCUGAAGCAAAUUACCAUUGUGAUGUAAAACACACUCUGAGAAAAAGUAUUUAUCUAGAAUAGAAAAGUGACAGAAACAUCAUGACUUUUACUAAGCACCUAGAGCUGUGGCUCUGAUCUCACUAUAUCCAUUAUGAAGAACAUGUUUUCUGUGUGUAUACUGACUCCUAGUGGUGUAAAUGAAAGAAGACACUAUAGAGACAUAAUCGCUUAAUUAAAUGUUUAUUUCAGUAAUUUAAUUCAAAAAGUUAAAAAUCAUAUAUUAUAGAGAUUCAUUGCAAACAUAAUGAUAUACUUCCGAAGUUUAAACUUGUUAGUUUUGAUAUUUGUGGCUUACAGCUAAUGAAUUCCUAAAAUCCAGUGUCUUAGAAAAUUAUAAUAACACUGCAUGCCUUCUACAAAAAUUAAAUUUGGGGUUUUUAUGAGCUGUAAGUUAUUUUAUCAAAAUUAGUGACAACAAAAUGUUAUAAUAAACUGUAUUCUUGUUUAUAUGUUAUAAUAUUUAAAAAUGUUUUCUCACACAAAACUAUAUGUAUAUAUAUAUAUAAUCAACAUAACUUUUUAUAGAUAUUCUUUGUAAAUGAAGGACUCCAGGUGUUUUCUCAUUCAUUUUUUUUAUUUAAUUAAACUGAAAAAUAGUAUUUUUUAAUCAGCAAGCAAAAAAAUGUCAUAUUAAAAUUUAAUUUUACAUCAACUCUUAGUUGGUGGCUUAUGGCAAAAAAAAAAUCUCACCUCAAAAUAUAGAAGUAAAAAAUAUAUUGUAAACUAAGCUCCCUUCAUAUCCUGUAGGGUUUUAAUCAUUUCAGGUUUGUGCUUUUCUACUCUUUAUGAAAUCUCAAGUCUAAUUUUUUAUUUAUUUAUUUUUUACAUUUUUUACAUUAAAUGAAAAACUCUAACUAAAAUUGCAAUUUUUAACUAUUAGCUAAUUGGGAGGAUCUGUAAGACAUGAAUGAAUAUUAUCAGAUAUUUAAAACCAACAAACUGCUGUCACUUUUCCUGGUGAAACCACUUUCAUUCAUUUUAUUGUCAUUAACUUUCAGUGUGAUCUUUGCUGAAUAUGAUAUAUAUGGUAACUCUUCAUGUUGAUGUACAGUGCAAGGAGAGGGAAGUUGAAGAGAAAUUGGAUGUAAAGAUGUAAAUUCAAGGUAGUCCAAACAUGCAAAGCAUUACAUCAUAAGACAAAUCUCGACAAAAAUCAUUGGGCAGACAAAAUAAACAUUAGAACUGUUUUGAAAAUAUAACUAAGUUACAAUUAUGUCAGAUAAGUAACUGUAUUCUGUUACCUUGCUGUUCCUUUUGCUACUUUACAUUAUUUUCUCUUGUUUUGUUAUUAAUUAAUUUUUAUAUUUGAAGGACAUUUGUCAAUUUGUAUUUAUUUAGUACAAAAGUUGUAUUUUUGUUUUUUUAAGUACAUUCCUGACAUGUAAUGUAUUUGAUGUCUCUAACACAUUUGUUUGUACAUGUACUGUUUUCAUUAACAGGACCUCGUGAUAGCAGAAAUGCAGGCUUCAAAUUAUGAAACCCUGUGCAAUUAAUCCAGGUUUUUUUGUGUCUGGUUUUUUUAUUACUCUGAUUAAUAAAUUACAAUGUAUUUAUUUAUUAUUUACCUUACAAAUUCUUAACAUUUGAUGGUUAGAAAUAUCCAUGUCCAUGAUAUAUUCAUGGGUAUUGUAAUCUUUUAAAUACUGUCACAAGAACAAAAACACUAACAUUGUUUUGGAAUGCGUUUCAUUCCUUAUUUAUUUCUGGUUGACAAGCAACAGAAAUAAUGUUGCUUGUCAUUAUUGGGAAGAGGAAGUGGUAUGGAUUACCAUCUUUAUGUCAACUCUGACAAAUGUAUCUAGCAUAUUGGUACUCAGGAAACCCUGACUCAAAUCUUCACACUAAACUUAAAGGGUUUUGCUUUACCAAACUUUGAAAUUGGGUUGUCUCUUAUGACGAUUUAACUUGUCUAUGACUCGUGUACACUCACAAAUCUUCUACCACACUUUUUCAUUCCACUCAAUUUUUCAUAAACAUGCUUGAAAACA